GAAAUUCACUCCUCGUCAAUUGGCACUAGUUUAGGAGAAGCAAAAGUGACGGGGGAGGCGGCUGCUCACACUGGUCGUUGCGGCGGCUUUCUUGCAUGGGGCGGAGGUAUCUGUAAAGGCGCACCCGGUCAACAUGUCGUCAAGAAGCUUGCAUGUGUCUGCAUCGCAGUUGAAUCUCGAGAGAGGCUGCAUAAAACAAAGCAGGUCGUCUGAAAGGCCACCAUUACCAAGUACUGGUUGGGCAACCUGCUCAGGAUGCAGACAAUUCUCUCUUGUAGAGUUAAGCGGGUCCUGUAAAUUGCGUCCCCGUAGAAAGUUGAGCGAGUCAGAUGGCGUUGGUUGGAGAGGGGAGGGUGGACAGCUCACUCAAGGCUUGAGCCGGAUGAAUUGGGCCCUGCAAUGUAGAGAAUGGAGAGCAGCUCGGAGGUUGCUGUCUGGGGUGGUGAGAGCAGCGAUGGUGCAGCAGACACGGGCAGACAGCGAUCACACUAGUCCAGGCGUUGAGUUGGCGUCCUCUCUAUUAGAUUCGCUCGCUCCAUAUGUCAGCAUGUACGACACCACAUUACGAGAUGGCGCCCAGAUGGUUGGCAUUUCACUAACCGUUGGGGACAAGCUCAAGAUUGCCCGGCUGCUCACAGAGUUAGGAGCGGACUAUAUAGAGGGGGGUUGGCCUGGUUCGAACCCCAAAGAUGCAGAGUUUUUCCUCCGAUUCCAGGAAGCCAUGGCCGGUGCACCUUGCAAUGCGAGGUACGGCACUCAGAAAACCAAGUUGGCGGCCUUUGGGGCGACCCGUAGAAAGUACUCCUCCUGCGAACAGGACGCCAACGUCAAGGCGCUCGUGGACAGCGGUGCUGAUGUCAUCACUCUAGUAGCCAAAGCGUGGGACGUGCAAGUGACGAAGGUACUUGAGGCCAGCCUGGAGGAGAAUCUGCUUAUGAUAAGAGAAACAGUGGAGUACUUCAAGGCCCUGGGCAAGGAGGUGAUGUUGGAUGCGGAGCACUUCUUUGACGGCUACAAGGCCAACAGCCAGUACGCGCUCGCUGCCCUCCGUACUGCUGCGGAGGCGGGCGCCGAUGUGGUGGUCCUUUGUGACACAAACGGGGGCAGCAUGCCCUGGCAAGUAGAGGACUGGACGCGUGCGGCCAAGGAGGUGCUCCAGGACUGGCCUCACGUUCGCAUUGGUAUCCAUACGCAUAACGACUGCGACAUGGCGGUAGCUAACAGCCUGGCCGCAGUGAGGGGGGGUGCCACUUUGAUACAAGGCUGUAUGAACGGAUAUGGGGAGAGGACAGGGAACGCGAACCUGGUCUCCGUGAUAGGCGGGCUUCAGGCGAAGAUGGGGUACCGCUGCAUCCCCAUGGAGUCCCUGAGUCGCCUCACAGAGAUUGCUUCCGAAGUGGGCGAGAUCGCGGGGCAGCCCAUGAGGCCCAGCCAGCCUUUCGUGGGCUCUAGUGCGUUUGCUCACAAGGGCGGCAUUCACGUGGCGGCCGUUCGAAAGAUGCCCGAGUCGUACAACCACAUGGACCCGCGCAGCGUGGGCAACACGAUGCGGUCGGUGGUGAGCGAGCUGUCGGGGCGCGGCAACAUCCUGGACAAGGCCGAGCAGGCGGGCCUCCUGCUCGACAAGGACGUCGCGGGGAGCGUGCUCGCGCGCAUCAAGCAGAUGGAGAACGAGGGGUGCACGUUUGAGAACGCGGGCGCGUCGGUGGACAUGCUGAUCAUGCGGCGGGACCGGCACUACCGGCAGCCGUUCCGCGUGCUCGAGUUCUCGGUCAUCUCCAGCAACCGGGGCGGCGCGCGCGGCAGCGACUCGGAGGACGACGAGGUGGGCGAGGCCAGCAGCGGGCACUGCGGGGACUGGCUGGACGCUAACAACAGCCACGUGAACCAGGCCAUCGUGAAGCUGCUCGUCGGGAACAAGGUCAAGUUGAGCGCGGCGGAGGGCAACGGCCCCGUGGACGCGCUGAACAAGGCCCUGCGCGAGCCGCUCGAGACCGAGUACCCCCAGCUGCGGCAGACCGAUUUGGCGGACUACCGCGUGCGCCUGCUCGAGUCGGACAUCUCGGGCCGGUCCGCGUCCGACAGCGCGUCCACCACGCGCGUGACCAUCGACUUCGAGGACGAGGACGGCAACAAGUGGACCACCGUUGGCGCGCACACCAGCAUCGUGGAGGCCAGUUUCCGCGCGCUCGUGGACGGGCUCGAGUUCGGCAUCAUCAAUUGCGACGACGAUGGGUGUGACAUCAAUUAGCGGAGCUAUGGUCAGAAGAAAGGCAAGCGUGUUUGUUCAGCCCUUCUGUAGGACAAAGUACUCAACCUGGA